GACAACGAUGACGGUUACUACGUUUCUACUCGCGUUCUGGGUUAUCAGUUGAUGCACUCUCCGACCGCGGGCACCAAUGCCAGUAUCCCAUUCGUGGUUGUCGUCACGGACGAAACACACCCACGCAAACGCGCAAGACUGGAGAAAGAUGGCGCUAUAGUGAUUGAAGUGUCACGUAUAUCACCCGGCUGGGCAGUCCCAGGGGAUCCACGCUGGAAAGACAUGAUGACCAAACUGCGACUAUUUGAGCUUGUCCAGUAUUCAAAAAUCUGCUACAUUGAUUCCGAUCACUUGGUUACAGAUCGCUUGGAUGGGAUUUUCUAUGACGAGGCGACGAUUACGCAACAUACAUUACAGGAUACGGUCAACCAGCAUGAAGAUGAAGCUCAAAUGCCUAGGACGUACAUGAUGGCUGCCCACACCGAUUACUGGGGUUAUAAUCACCCUUACCCACCUCCUACCGAAGGAACCUACAUGAACUUCGGCUUCGCAGUCUUUACACCUUCAGUGGAGUUGUUCAAGUACUAUCUUUCCGUCUUAGCAGUACCCGGUCGUUUUGACAUGGGCAUGCAAGAGCAGAGUUUGAUAAAUUACGCGCACAGAAGAGAAGGAAAUAUGCCUUGGAAACCGCUGUGGCAUGGGUGGAAUGUCAAUUGGCCGACGGAAAAGGAUUGGAGGGCUGGUGCGAAGAGCUUUCAUGCAAAGUAUUGG